AAAAAAAAACAAAAUUAUUUUCUCCUAAUUUUUUUUUAAAUAAAGGUUUUGUUGCUGAUUUAAAUUCAUAUGCUUUAACAUAUUUUGUUAUUGGUAUUGGUACAGCAUUAGCUGCAUUAUUAUUAUUUACAAUGCCAUUAGUACAAAAAUGUUAUGGAUUUUUAACAUUAGAAUCAAAAAAACAAAAAACAAAUACAUUAGUUACAGCAAGUAAUGGUGAUUUACCAGUGCCAAUACUAAACAAUAAUUCACUUAAUGAAACAAUAGCUAAUAUAAAUAAAUAA